AAUCCACGUACGAAGAACGGACCCCAGGCGUUUUAAUCAAAGUGUUUUGAAACUGACUUUUAACAAAACAAAAUAAAAGUCCCGCAGCAUUUUCCGUUGGCAUUUUCUUCGAAGCAAAGCCAUCUAACGUUAGUCAGAAGCGACAAAGUAAUGAUUUCUGUCCUUACGAUUAAUAUAAAGAUUAUUUAUCCUUUCUGUAUAUAUUAACGGGAGGUUUUACUCAAGAAUGAGCUCUAGAUCGCUACGGUAAAGAUGGAGUUUAUUAAGAUGGAGAUUGUGGACUCGAUUGAUGCAGAACUCCGCCGAGUGAAGGAUGAAGACGCCGAGGAGGAAGAAGACAGAGACCAUACUGAAAUUAAAGAGGAACGUCAAGAAUCAAGCGACGGCAAGGACUGCAUCAAAAUAAACCCUCCAGGGAAGAGUUUUAUUCACAAGUUAGACUCGGAGGAUCCCACGAUCAUCCACACCUCAGAGAAGCCGAACACCUGCCCAGUAUGUGGGAAAAGCUUCACCUGUAAAGGAAGUGUUGAUGUACACAUGCGCAUCCACACGGGAGAGCGUCCGUAUGCGUGCAUCCAAUGUGGGAAGAGCUUCACGUGUAAGGGAACGCUCACGUGUCACGUCCGAACGCACACCGGAGAGAAACCGUACACGUGUCCUCAAUGCGAGAAGAGUUUCACUCAUAAAGCAAGCCUCCGGUACCACAUGAGACUUCACACGGAGGACGGACCGUUCAUAUGCGGACAGUGCGGAAAAAGCUUCGCGCAGGAGGAAUACCUCAAGCAUCACGUUAAAAUUCACUACGCAGGGAAACCGUUUACCUGUGAGCUCUGCGGGAAGGGGUUCACAUGCAAGGGGAGUCUGAAGAUUCACACGCGAAUUCACACCGGAGAGAAACCGUAUACCUGCAGCCACUGCGGAAAGAGUUUCACUAAUAAGGGAAAUCUCAAAAUUCACGCCAACAUGCACACGGAGAAGAGCGCGCUCACUUGCGUUCAGUGCGGGAAGAGUUUCACACAUGAGGAAAACCUCAAGAGUCACAUGAGAAUCCACACCGGAGAGAAGCCGUUCUCCUGUCACCAAUGCGGAAAGCGCUUCGCUCGCAAGAUCAUCCUGCAGAAUCACGUGAAAACACACUCCGGAGAGAAGCCGUACACGUGCCAUCAGUGCGGGAAGAGAUUCACAGAUAGAGGAUAUAUAAAGCGGCACAUGCGCAGUCACACCGGAGAGAAGCCCUUCAUCUGUCCUCAAUGCGGGAAGAGCUUCACUCAUAAAGGAAAUCUGAAGAUUCACAUUAGAAUCCAUACAGGGGAGAAACCGUCCAAGUGUCCUGAAUGCGAGAAGAGCUUCACGCAUAAAGGCCAGCUUAAGGAUCACAUGAGAAUCCACAGCGGAGAGAAACCCUACGCCUGUCCGCUGUGUGCAAAGACUUUUAAAUGCAAAGGACACCUCAAGACGCACUCCAGAACUCACAGCGGAGUCAAACCGUACUCGUGCCUCCAGUGCGGGAAGAGUUUCACCGUUCGAAAAAGCCUGAACGUCCACUUGAAGUAUCACUCCGGAGAGAAGCUGCACGAGUGUCCUGAAUGCGGGAAGAGGUUUGCGGAGAGCAACACUUAUAAGAUGCAUCUGCUCAUUCACUCCGGAGAAAGACCGUUUAGUUGCGAUAAGUGCGGGAAGAGGUUUAUUUUGGCGGCGCGCUUGAAGGCGCACCUGAAGCUGCACACGGAUGAGAGACCGCAUGUGUGUUCGGUGUGUGGAGAGAGCUUUAAAUUAGUUGGGAGUUUAAGAUCGCACCAGAAAACGCACACGAGUGAGAAAUCUCACGUGUGUCCGGAGUGUGGAAAAGCUUUUAUUAGAGAGAGUUACUUACAGAGGCAUCGGCGGACACACACUGCAGAAACGCUGCUUAAAUUAAAUUGACGCAUUCGAGAAAUGAUUCAGAGAUGUUCUGAAUGCAUUACGAUUCGCUUUUGAAUUAAUUCUGAGGUUCGUUUUGACCAACAGAUGGUGCUGUAUGGUUUACAGACAUAUUCUGAUUGCCUUCAAUUCCUUACACACACCACUUGAACCUACAAUAAGUAUACAUAAAGGAUAUACAGUUGAAGUCAGAAUUAUUCGCCCCCUACACAUUUUUUUUUUUUUUAAAUAUUUCCCAAAAG